CUCGGAAAACUAUUGUUUACAAAACAAUAGUACGCGGUAUUCUCUUCAUCCUUACGCUUCUCCUCUCCAUUUUUCUAACCUAAGCCUUCAUCCUUCAAAAUUCUUACGAAAUAAAACCUGCUACAGUCGGCCCGCCGCCAGGCCCAGACGUCCUUCACCGACGUCCGACAGCCCACCCGCGGAACCUGCCGCACAGCCGCAGCCGCCACCAGCCAGCCACCAAAUUCAUCAAUGGCAAUUUCCUUCCCUCAUUCUAUUCGUACUGCUGCUGUUCCUUACCAAAAUUUUGUUGCAUUUCCGCGGGGUUUGAACCAUAAAUGUUAUUACAUUAAGAAGACUCACUUCCAAGUUUUGGCAUGCUCUUCUGUAUUGGACACAGGUCUUUCCCAUGGCAAGAGGGUUGAGACGUUGCUUGACAGUAUCAAGUGGGAUGAUAAAGGUUUAGCAGUGGCUAUAGCUCAAAAUGUUGAUACAGGAGCUAUUUUAAUGCAAGGCUUUGUUAACAGGGAGGCACUAGCCACUACCAUUACUUCUCGCAAGGCAACUUUCUUUAGCAGAUCAAGGAAACAGCUGUGGACAAAAGGCGAGACUUCUUCUAACUUCAUCAAUGUACAUGACAUUUUUUUGGAUUGUGACCGUGACUCGAUAAUAUAUUUGGGGAAGCCAGAUGGACCAACUUGUCAUACUGGUGCUGAAACUUGUUACUUUUCCUCUAUCUCCAACAUUAUUGAAGAUGUUCAGGUUGAAAAAGACAUACUGGCCAUGACAACAUUAUACUCACUUGAAUCAACAAUAUCUGAGAGGAGAGCUGAAAUAGAAUGUAAGACGGAUGGCAAACCUUCAUGGACAAAGAAGUUGUUACUUGAUGAUAAAUUACUCUGCUCAAAAGUCAGGGAAGAGGCGGAUGAGUUGUGUCGCACGCUGGAGGACAACGAGGAUAAGUCCCAAACUGCUUCAGAGAUGGCUGAUGUGCUCUAUCAUUCUAUGGUUCUUCUGGCACUAAAAGAUGUAAAGAUGGAGGAUGUCCUUGAAAAGCUCCGGAAAAGAUUCUCCAAAUCAGGGAUAGAAGAAAAGAAUAGUCGCAAAACAUGAAACUAUGUAUCAAAUGUAUUACCUUGAGAUAUCUUACUUGACAAACUUCAUCUCAUAUCCCCAUCUCCCCCUUGACUCUCCCCUUUAACACAUUGACAAUGAUACUAGACAAUUAAAGUUUCUAAUGUAUUUCUUCCGACUCCCCCUGGGACGCUAUUGAGCUAUUGAGCUUAUAUUAUUCCCUUCAAAUCUCCAAAUGAUUUGUUUCAUUUAAAGGAGAGAAGUUUUGUUUAA